AAUGGAAGAAAACUAAAAUUAUAGAAAAAUCUCUUUGUAUUAGUCUUUUAAGAUUGUCUAUCAAAAUUAUGGUCUUACAGGUUUAUAUGCAGGAUGGUAAGCUAGAAUUAUAGCUUAUUUUUGUUAAGCUCUUCUUACAACUCCCACUAUAGAUUAUUUAGAAAGAAAUUAUGGUAUUUCUAAAACUAAAAAAUAAUUAUAAUGA